GAGUUUUUUUUUUUUUUUUUUUAAUUCCGUACGCAAACAGGAAAUUGAUUGCAACUAGACUAAAGUUGAGUAUCUGUUAAUGAUCAUUGCAAGCUUCUUUCUAUACCCAUUUUCCCCUGGUUUUCGGACUUCAUAGGUACCUCAAAACACCAUCCUUUUGGUCUUUGCUACUGAAGUUUUUAGCUUUUUUCUUUUCAUUGACAAAAUUAUGUUGGUUUUGAGCUCUGGGUUGUUUCUGGUAAAGGAAACAGCAGCAGUAGUGAGACAAACCCAUCUAGUUUUGCUGUUUUGGGGUAAAAGAAUCAUGAACUUGAGCUCUAGCACAUAUUUUUGUUGAUACUUUGGUUGGAAUAUUCCACAACCAAAGAUAUUUCUAGAAGUUUAUUGGAGCUGGUGUCGGUGAAUGAAGAGUCAGAAACUAGAGUAAGAAUUGAUUUUGCAUCUGAUCUACUUGGUGGUGAAUAUAUAAAUAUAGAUAUCUUUCAAAUGGCUACUGGGGUUCAAAAUCAAGAGAGUGUGCCAAAGAACCUGAAGAAACAGCUUGCUCUUGCUGUGAGAGACAUCCAGUGGGGUUAUGCAAUUUUCUGGUCCAUUUCAGCUAGGCGGCCAGGGGUCUUGGAGUGGGCUGAUGGUUAUUACAAUGGAGAUAUAAAGACAAGGAAAACAGUUCAAGCUGUAGAGCUCAACGCUGACCAACUGGGUUUGCAGAGAAGUGAGCAACUGAGAGAACUUUAUGAGUCCCUCUCGGCUGGUGACAGCAGUCCUCAGGCUAGAAGACCUUCAGCAGCAUUAUCUCCUGAAGAUCUCACAGAUACUGAGUGGUAUUACUUAGUUUGUAUGUCGUUUGUAUUCAACAUUGGCCAAGGAUUGCCGGGAAGAACAUUGUCAAGUGGUCAAUCUAUUUGGCUUUUCAAUGCUCAUCAUGCAGAGAGCAAAGUGUUCAGUCGUUCGCUGCUGGCAAAGGUAGGUGCCUGUGCUUUAAUUCUGGCUAAACCAAUAUUAGUUAAUACGCUCAGAAAUGACAGUUUGGUUUAUGUUUUCAUGGCUGGAAAUUUUGGGAACCGGCUUUCUCAGAGUGCAUCUAUUCAGACCGUAGUGUGCUUUCCAUUUUCUGGAGGUGUGAUUGAGCUUGGUGUAACUGAUUUGGUAUUGGAAGACCUCUGCCUCAUUCAGCGCAUUAAAACAUCGUUCUUGGAUGCUCCACAGACAAUUGGUUCUAAUAAAUCCAUUCUUGUUGCUGCAAGAACAGGAAAUGAUAAAGAUCUUGCUUGUCCAGCUCUUGAUCCUCAGAUCCUUGACACCAAACUUAGUCCACUUUUAGACUGUGAACAACUAGAAAUGGCUUCUCCCAAUGACAGUUCAGAUGGCUUUGAGCCUAACCACCCAGCAGAAGAUUCAUUCAUGAUUGAAGGGAUAAAUGGUGGAGCUUCUCAAGUACAAAGUUGGCAAUUCAUGGAUGAGGAGUUCAGCAAUUGUGUCCACCAUUCCUUAAAUUCCAGUGACUGCAUAUCUCAAACCUUUGUGGAUCAUGGAAAUGUAGUUCCUCUUUGCCAGGGAGAAAAAGAUAAUGACAAUGGUUUGCAAGAUGUUGAAGAGUGCAAUAAGACAAAAUUGACCUCUUUAGAUCUUCGAAGUGAUGAUCUGCACUACCAAACAGUUCUCUCAGCCCUAUUAAAGAGCUCGCACCAGUUGAUUUUGGGACCACACUUUCGAAACUCUAACCAGGAAUCCAGCUUUGUCAGCUGGAAGAAAAAUGUCUUGGUGAAGUCUCAGAAAGCAAGAGAUGAAACCCCUCAAAAGUUAUUGAAGAAGAUAUUGUUCGAAGUUCCUCAGAUGCAUGAUAAAGGGUUGCUUGAAUCUCCUGAAGAUAAUGGUGUUAGAGAUGCAGCUUGGAGACCAGAGGCUGAUGAAAUUUGCGGAAACCAUGUGCUGUCAGAGAGGAGGCGGAGGGAAAAAAUAAAUGAACGAUUUAUGAUUCUCAAAUCACUGGUCCCUUCAAAUAGCAAGGUUGAUAAAGUUUCUAUACUAGAUGUCACAAUAGAAUACCUACAAGACCUCGAGAGAAGGGUUGAAGAGUUGGAAUCUUGCAGAGAGUUAAUAGAGUUAGAGGCAAGAAUGAAAAGAAAAUCUCAGGAUCAUGUAGAGCGAACAUCUGAUAACUAUGGCAAUAACAAAAUCACCAACGGAAAGAAAUCAUCCCUAAGUAAAAGGAAAGCCUGUGAUAUUGAUGAAGCAGAGCAGGAGAUUGACUAUGUUAUAUCUAAAGAUGGUUCAACUGAUAAUGUAACUGUCAGUACGAACAACAAGGAUUUUCUAAUUGAGUUUAGGUGUCCUUUUCGAGAAGGAAUUUUGCUCGAGAUAAUGGAUGCACUUAGCAUUCUCAAUUUGGAUUGCCACUCAGUUCAAUCUUCUACCACUGAGGGAAUUCUCUCCCUGACUAUAAAAUCCAAGUACAAAGGAUCAACUGUUGCAAAAGUUGGGACAAUCAAGCAAGCUUUGCAAAGAGUUGCUUGGAAAUGUUGAAGCAUUGUCUUCUGACCGACAAUCAUAGAGUUAUUUGUUACAGAUUUCCCAGCUUCCUUUGUAAAAUCCCUGUGCCAUGGAAGGUUCUGUUUAUGAUUGGUGCCACAAACAAGAAGGUUUUUCCUCCAUGUAGGUUAGUAAAAUAAAGGGAAAUAAACCUAGUUUGGAACCUUGUAAUUUUCCUUAAAAUCUAGUGCAUACGAGUAGCAGAGCUUGACCUGUGACUUCAAUCUUUCGCCUUUGUAUAACAUUCAGAAAAAUCAAUUUUCUUGCAACGUAAGAAGCCUUGCUAUUUUGACUAGUUAAAUGAGACAUCUAAUGCUUUGAGGAUAGCAGAUAUAGAUGGAACAUAAAUAAAAGCAAAUAAUCUUCUCACAUCACCAACCUUUCACCUCCAUUAUGUGCCGAAGAAAAUCAACUUUUCCUUGUAACUAUAACAGGAAAGGGACGUUAAGCAUAUCAUCUAUCAAGCACGAUAUAUUUACCUUGCUUAAAUAAUCAAAAUAAUAAAAGGUUUAUCAGUAAGAAGAGC